GGAGGAGAUGGCACGGUAUCGCGAGAGCGGUGUUCCGCGACCGCAGCGCUGGAUGGCGCUGAUGGGGGCUGGAUGCGCCCACGGCUCGCCCUCUCUCCCGUUAAAUCACAGGGUAGGACACGCGAUCGGACGGAGACUGGCGGCGACAGCAGCCGGGGUGAGUAAAAACCUGCACGCUGCGCACCGCACGGGCUGCAUCACCGCUAAAAAGACCGGGUCGAAACGCAUGUGACCGCACCGGACAGAGCAAAGUAAAAGAGGAGAAGAAAGCAUCGACGGAGUCCCCACAUGGGAGCUGCAGCGCUGUCUAAUCCAUGUGACAGAAUCUGCCAAAGGACGCUUUGGAAACGUUCUCAUGUCUUUAAACACAAACUGCUAAAUCCGAGGAGCUAAAAACAGAAAAACAAAAAGCCAACCGCUGGCUCAUGCAAGUGGACAGAUUUUAAAGUAAAAACACGGCUGGAGAGGGGCAGGGUUGUAUGGGUGCCAAAUCCCCGUCUAAGACACACCGCGUCUCCUCAAUCUACGGCCGCCACCUCCCUCCUCUUCCUCCGUCCAUUUUGUCCUCCUCUGCUUUUCUCUCAUUCUCCCUCGUUCUCUCUCAUGGGAGUGACAUAGAGGCCGUUGUUUGGUCUACUGCCCCGCCCCUUCUCCGCCUUGUCGUGGAAACGGGGGCGUCCAGGUAGUGAUGUCGUGGAAGAGGAACUACUUUGCGUCGGGUGGUGGAGCAGUAGGUGGGGUGCAGGGGCUGGUGACCCCGAGAACCAUGACCUCUAUCGCACCCAGCAAAGGCUUGAGCAACGAGCCGGGACAGAACAGCUGCUUCCUCAACAGCGCCCUGCAGGUUCUUUGGCAUCUUGACAUCUUCCGCAGAAGCUUUCGACAGCUGACCACUCAUAAGUGCAUGGAGGACUCGUGCAUCUUCUGUGCUUUGAAGAGUAUCUUUGCUCAGUUCCAGUUCAGCAGUGAGCGUGUCUUGCCUUCAGAUGCACUGCGGAGCGCUCUGGCCAAGACUUUCCAGGACGAACAGCGCUUUCAGCUGGGCAUCAUGGACGACGCUGCUGAGUGCUUUGAGAACCUCCUGAUGCGAAUCCACUUCCACAUCAGCGCAGAGAGUAGAGAGGACAUCUGCACAGCAAAACACUGUAUUCCACACCAGAAGUUUGCCAUGACUCUGUUCGAACAGUGUGUGUGUAACAGCUGUGGAGCCACAUCAGACCCCCUGCCCUUCAUUCAGAUGGUUCAUUAUAUCUCCACUACAUCCCUGUGUAACCAGGCAGUGAGGAUGCUGGAGUGCAGAGAGAAACCCACGCCGGACAUGUUUGGAGAACUGCUCCGCAACGCCAGCAACAUGGGAGACCUACGCAACUGCCCUAGUAACUGUGGGGAGGUAUUGCGUAUCCGCCGGGUGCUGAUGAACUCACCGGAGAUCGUGUCCAUCGGGCUGGUGUGGGAUUCAGACCACUCUGACCUAGCAGAGGAUGUCAUACACAGCCUGGGAACCUGCUUGCGUCUGGGAGAUUUGUUCUACCGUGUGACAGAGGAGAGGGCUCGCCAGGCGGAGCUCUACUUGGUGGGCAUGGUGUGCUACUAUGGCAAGCACUACUCCACCUUCUUCUUCCAGACCAAGAUACGCAAGUGGAUGUACUUCGACGACGCCCACGUCAAAGAGAUCGGCCCUAAGUGGAAGGACGUAGUGUCUCGCUGUAUCAAAGGCCACUAUCAGCCCCUGCUGCUGCUCUACGCUGACCCCCGUGGGACGCCGGUGAUACUGCAGGAGAGCCCAAACCCCUGUACCAGCUCCAACCCGCAGCUGGAGCUCCAGCACUGCAGCAGCAAGGCUGGUUACGACAGUGAAGACUCUGGUCGGGAGCCAUCCAUAUCCAGCGAUACUCGUACGGACUCUUCGACGGACAGCUCGAGUCACCGAGGUUCUCGCAGCCGAUCUCUCCACCAGUCUACAGGCAGCCACCUCUCCAGUGAAUCCCAGACCACAGUGGUCUGUAAUUACGACACUGGCACACCGCCGCUUGGUGCUGACGCUGGAGAGUCAGCAGUGGAGGGUCCUCCCCGCCCUCCCUCUCCUCCGCUGCAGGAGUACAAGGAGACGGCUGUCUUCCUCCUCUCCUCCCGCAGGCCUCUGACCUCCUCUUCCUCUUCCUCCCGUCCUCUGUCCUCCUCCUCUUCUUCCGGAGUUGGGGGCUGUGAGGGCGGGAUUGGGGGUCCCCACUGGGAGGAUGAGAGCACUAGCAGUGAGAGCAAGUCCAGUUCUUCUGGAGGCCGCUACAGGCCAACUUGGAGGCCCAGGAGAGAAGCGCUGAACAUCGACAGCAUCUUCACCCGACAGAGAGGCUCCUCUGUGGGCUAUAACACUGUGCCUGGCCCGCCUCUCCCUCCAGGGCCUCAGGACUCACUCCCUUUAGCGGGACCUGCUCCACAGCUGGGAUUGCAAGAAGUAGAAGCCAGGGAAAUCGGGGAGUUGGAGGCGGGGUUUGGGCUGGUUGGGCAGCCCAGGUCUCUGGGCAGCGGGCGGACGAUGGGUCCCCCUGCCCCUCCACCUCUGAGAGGGGUGGAGCACCAGCCACGUCUGAUUCAGAGGAUGGAGAGUGGCUACGAGAGCAGUGAGAGGAACAGCAGCAGCCCCGACAGGGAGGUGGGGCAACAAAAACGGGUGCUGAUGUCAGGUCCUUCAUGGCGUUCAGUGCCUAAGUCCAAGAGCAGCAGUGCCAUCCUUCAGGAGCUGCCCCCACCUACCUGGAGUGGUGGCACUAAUGCAGGCCCAGGGCGUAGUGAGCUGGACGAGCUUCAGGAGGAGGUAGUGAGGAGAGCCCGGCUGCAGGAACAGCAGAAGCGAAGGGAGGCGGAGCGGGAGGCAGCCAUGGGAUUUAAUCCCAAACCCAGCAAAUUCAUGGACCUGGACCAGCUCCAACACCAGGCUGUGCUCAGACCCCUGCAUGAGGCUAACGCUCAUAGCGGAUUGGCUGUAGCUGCGUGCAUGAGGAGCACUGGGGCCCCAAUCAAACGCAGGCAGGAACAGGAAAUGGAACGGGAGACAGGAAGCGCCCGCCCACAGGGCCCACGCAGUGAACAGCCUGGCCCGGUCCAAGUACUGCUGACGCCCAGUCAGGAGGAGGAAGAGGACCAGGCAACGCCCAACAGGGAUGCUGCUCUGGGCCAAGGCCAGAACCCGCCCCUCCACCCUAUCGCCCCCCUCCCCUCGACCCCGCUCACCCUCAGCAUCGCUCACCCUUGCGCACCUUCCAGCCAAGGGGAGGAGGAGGAUGGAUGCGCGGGCAGGAGAGGGGAGGAGGGGGAGGAUGGGAGGGAGGGACAGGGGUGAGGCUGUGUGAGUUGCUGCAGGCAGGGGGGGUGAGUGUCAGACCACUGGGGAAGCACUUAGCCAUCUCUCUGCCCUCGCUUCCUCUGCGUCUCUGGGAUACACAAGUCACACACACCUCACACUCCGCACACCUUGAACCC